AAAUACGUAUCCAAUACAUCCAAAAUCUUCUCUGAACUCUCACACAGUUUGAUCCACUUUCCCCAAAUUAGUAUCUCCAGUCAGAAUCUCACUGAUUUUUACCCAAAUUUGUUCAAAAUACACAAAAUCGAACACUAAAUUCUUUUUUUCCACUUCAAUUCGAUCAUAUUCAUCCUCAAUUUGGUCCAAAAUCUUCAUCUGUAGCUCAAUUUAGACUUUCUAGGGUUUUUAGUCACUCGUUAAUGGAAAUCUCAUGUAUUCUCUCGAAAUCCGUACCGUUUUUGCUCGAAUUUGUUAAAAUUCACCAAAUUCGACGGCAAAUUCUUCUUUUUCUACUUUGAUUCGAUCAAUUUCAUCCUUAAUUUGGUUCGAAUUUUCGUUUUUUUAGCUCAAUUCAGUGGUUCUAGGGUUUUCAGUCACUCGUUAAUGGAAAUCUUGUAUAUUCUCUCGAAAUCCGUACCGGUUUUGCAUGAACUUGUUCAAAUAUUCCGAAUUCGACAUUAAAUUCUUAUUUUUUCUACUUUGAUUCGAUCAAUUUCAUCCUUAAUUUGGUUCGAAUUUUCGUUUUUUAGCUCAAUUCAGUGGUUCUAGGGUUUUCAGUCACUCGUUAAUGGAUAUCUCGUGUAUUAUCUCGAAAUCCGUACCGUAAACUAUUGCAAUUACGUCUAAUUACGUCUAGGUGUUUAGUUGAAGUGAUCGUGUUGAUUGUUAGGGUUACGGUUGGAUCUGUUCGAAUUUUCGUUCUGUAGCUCAAUUCAAUCGUGUGCUAGGGUUUUCAGUCACUUGUUAAUGAUAAUGUCGUGUAUUCUCUGGAAAUCCGUAUAGUAAACCAUUGAAUUAAUGUUUUAAUUACGUUAUGGUGUUUAGUUGAAGCGAUUGUGUUGAUUGAUAGGGUUAUGGUUUUGAAUUUGUUCGAAUUUUCGUUCUGUGGCUCAAUCUAAUCGUGUUCUAGUGUUUAUUAGUCACUUAUUAGUGGAAAAUUCAUGUUUAUCUCGAAAUCGGUGCCGUAAAUCGUUUCAAUUACAUCUCGGUGUUUAGUUGAAUCGAUCGUGUUAAUUAUUAGGGUUACGGUUUUGAAUUUGUUCGAAUUUUCGUUCUGUAGCUCAAUUCAAUGGUGUUCUAGUUUUUUCAAUCACUCGUUAAUAAAUAUGUUGUGUAUUAUCUCGAAAUCCUUAUCAUAAAGCAUUUCAAUUACGUCUCGAUGUUUAGUUAAAGUACUCUUGUUGAUUGUUAGGGUUACGGUUUUGGAUUUGUUCAAAUUUCGGUUGCAAUCUGUGACAUGAAGAUCGAGGAUUUGGAUGAUUCAUCGGAUGUGAAAAGUAAUUAUCAACAAGUUGUUGAUUAUAAUUAUAGCCGGCAGAUUGUUACGGUGGAUGCGAAGAGAGUGUUGGUUGGAGCUGGAGCUCGGAUCCUGUUUUACCCUACGCUUUUGUAUAACGUUUGUAGGAAUAAGAUUCAAGCUGAGUUCAGAUGGUGGGAUGAAAUUGAUCAGUUUCUUCUGUUGGGUGCUGUUCCAUUUCCAAAGGACGUACCUCGCUUGAAGCAGCUUGGUGUUGGUGGUGUCAUUACCCUCAACGAGUCUUAUGAAACUUUGGUCCCCACUUCCUUAUACCGGGCGCAUGGCAUAGACCAUCUUGUUAUUCCAACCAGAGAUUACCUUUUUGCCCCUUCAUACGUUGAUAUUGAUCGAGCAGUAAAUUUCAUUCACAGGAAUGCAACCAGCUGCAGGACCACAUACGUUCACUGCAAAGCUGGUAGGGGAAGGAGUACAACAAUUGUGCUUUGUUAUUUGGUGGAAUACAAGCACAUGACUCCUGCUUCUGCAUUGGAAUACGUGCGAUCCAAACGGCCUAGAGUGCUCUUGGCCCCGUCUCAAUGGAAGGUUAGCUUCUUAUGUAGCAAUAUCUUUAAAAAUGAAGCGAAAAGGGUAAAAAGGCGGUUCAAGAAUACAAACAUUGGCGGUUAGCUUCAACCGCCACAUCAUCACCAUCAGGGGAUGCUGUACUAAUCACGAAAGCCGAUUUAGAAGGGUAUAAAAGUCCAUCACAAGGCAAAGAACUAGCACUUGUUCCAAGAGUGACAAAAGCCAGACCAAUGAUAGCAAAACUCUCUUGCCUUUUUGCAUCUCUAAAAGUAUUGGGUGCGAGUACAUCGAUCAAUAUGAAGUUAACCGAAGCGCCUGCUUGUUAACUGGUUAACCGCAAGACUAAUAAAAUGAAGUCGGUUUUGGUGCUCUUGGUUUUUGCAAAAGAGGAUCGUGUAAUCAUGCAAUAACGGGCUUUCGCAUGUGUGAGGUAUGAACACAAUUUCUGUAUGUAUAUAUGUUUUGAUUUUUGUCAACGUAACAUAUUGCUAUGCUAUGGUAAGUAUGAUAAGUAAUAUUAUGUUUUACUAUGGCAUCUUGGAGUGAUGUAUGAAUUAUGCAAUUUACUAUUUUACUCAAUGUUUUGUG